AUGGUCCAGAGCAGCACAGACCUCACUCCCAGCAGCUCACAUGGUCCAGAGCAGCACAGACCUCACAUGGUCCAGAGCAGUACAGACCUCACUCACUGGGGGCCAGCAGAGCAGACCAGCAGAGGCGGACCAGCAGAGGUGGACCAGCAGAGGCAGAGCAGCAGAGGCAGACCAGCAGAGGCAGACCAGCAGAACCUCAUCAGCAGCUCAUACAUCACGGUGACAUGA